UUGGAGUAAACGGGCGUAAUCAAAUAAUUUUUGUCGGAAAAAUGUCGGCAAAACAUAACUUUUCUUUAGCUUUCUUCGUGAUUGCUUGUGCUUUUAUCAAAACCGCCCUAAGUUGUGGUGGAUACUCUUUGGAAGUAAAAUCGAUAAAGAAUUGCGUUGAUAAUGGAAUUCUUCGCGUAUCCAACGACUUUACCAUCGAAUUCGAUAAGAAAUGCAACGUUAUUCCGAAAGGUUGUUACACAAUCGCAAAAGAUUUCGACCAAUUCCUCUUGAAAUUUGCACUUGAUAAAGAACCAAUAAGAAACGUAAGUGGAGAAAUCGACGUUUGCAAAUUAGCCGAAAAACCAUCCGUUAUCACCGGUUGGUUGGGUAUGUUAGGACUUCCCAAUAAAUGUCCAGUUAAAGCGUCCGAGAAAUGCUUUAAAGGCGAAAAGAAAUUCAAUGUGUGGCUUUUAAAAAUGUUCCUUGGAUUGGUGGUUGGUGACAUCAAAAUUAAGGUUGAAGGUGAAUACGGUAACGGGGAUGUUAGCUGUAUUGAAGUUGAGGCCGGUGGUCAUACAUUAACAGUAAACGCAAUAAAAUCUUGCGAUCAAAAUGGUUUGGUUCAAACCACAAACGAUUUUACAAUCGGUUUAGACGAAGAUUGUAACGUUUAUAUGAAAGGCUGCAUUGAAUUCAAACCUUAUAACACCGCGGACAUUCAUUUUAACUUUGAUCGAAAACCAUUUUCGAACGUAACCGGAAACGUAGAUUUUUGCGAUUUCUUAAAAUCGCUUACUUUUCUAUCAAACAUUUUUGGUUCUUUUGAACUUCCAACGGAUUGUCCGAUUCCUGCCAAAAAAAUCUGUGGGGAUCCAUCGAACACGUACAACAUCUUUAUGUUUUCACCAUUUUUGGAUUUUGUCGCUGGACAUACCAAAAUGAGAUUAGAAGGAAAUCACGAUACUGGAAAAAGUUGUAUGGAAUUUGAUGUAAUUUUAAAUUGA